UUUUUUUUUGUGGUGUUGCAUUGUUUCUUUCUUUUUUUAUUAUUUGAACCCCACUUGGCAGGAGCUGAUUGUGCCCAAAAUUGUUUUAAUGUUUGGGAUUCAGGAAAAUAUACCAAGAGGUGGGACCACCAUGAAAGAAGAACCGCUGGGAGGUGGGAUGAAUCCAGUCCGGUCAUGGAUGCAUACUGCAGGGGUAGUGGAUUCUAAUACAGCCGCCCAAAGUGGUGUGGGUCUGGCUCGGGCGCACUUCGAGAAGCAGCCGCCCUCCAACCUGAGGAAAUCCAAUUUUUUCCACUUCGUCCUCGCUCUCUAUGACAGGCAGGGCCAGCCGGUGGAGAUUGAGAGGACGGCAUUCGUGGACUUUGUGGAGAAGGACAAAGAACCAAAUAGCGAAAAAACUAAUAAUGGGAUUCACUACAAACUGCAAUUAUUAUACAGUAAUGGAGUCAGAACAGAACAAGACCUUUAUGUGCGGCUAAUAGACUCUAUGACCAAACAGGCAAUUAUCUACGAGGGUCAAGACAAGAACCCGGAGAUGUGCAGAGUGCUGCUCACACACGAGAUCAUGUGCAGUCGAUGCUGUGACAAAAAAAGUUGUGGUAACAGAAACGAAACCCCAUCAGACCCAGUUAUCAUCGACAGAUUCUUCCUAAAGUUUUUUCUCAAGUGUAAUCAGAACUGCCUGAAGAAUGCAGGGAACCCAAGAGAUAUGCGAAGAUUCCAGGUUGUUGUAUCAACAACAGUCAAUGUGGACGGCCACGUGUUGGCUGUCUCAGACAACAUGUUUGUACACAACAAUUCCAAACAUGGAAGGCGGGCACGCCGCCUUGACCCCUCAGAAGGUACGGCUCCAUCUUAUCUGGAAAAUGUAGCUACACCAUGCAUUAAAGCGAUCAGCCCCAGCGAAGGUUGGACCACAGGAGGAGCCACGGUCAUCAUUAUUGGAGAUAACUUCUUUGAUGGGUUACAAGUGGUAUUUGGAACCAUGUUGGUGUGGAGUGAGCUGAUAACACCACACGCCAUCAGAGUUCAAACCCCACCAAGACACAUUCCUGGAGUUGUUGAAGUCACACUUUCCUACAAAUCAAAGCAGUUCUGUAAAGGAGCUCCUGGACGAUUUGUUUACACCGCCCUGAAUGAACCAACCAUAGACUACGGAUUUCAGAGAUUACAAAAAGUUAUUCCAAGGCAUCCGGGAGAUCCUGAAAGGUUACCAAAGGAAGUAUUACUGAAGAGAGCAGCAGACCUUGUUGAAGCCUUAUAUGGAAUGCCGCACAACAACCAGGAGAUAAUCCUGAAGCGAGCAGCUGACAUUGCUGAAGCAUUAUACAGUGUGCCACGUAAUCACAACCAGAUCCCCUCUCUUGCCAACACACCAUCUCACAGCGGAAUGAUGGGAGUAAAUUCUUUCAGCAGCCAGCUAGCAGUUAAUGUUUCAGAGGCAUCUCAAGCUAAUGACCAAGUAGGCUACAGCCGUAACACGAGCAGUGUAUCGCCACGAGGAUAUGUUCCCAGUAGCACCCCCCAGCAGUCCAACUACAACACAGUCAGCAAUAGCAUGAACGGGUACGGGAAUGCUGGAAUGCCCAACUUAGGAGUUCCUGGGUCACCUGGCUUCCUCAAUGGUUCAUCAGCCAACUCCCCCUACGGCAUAGUACCGUCAAGUCCUACAAUGGCAGCCUCUUCGGUCACCCUCCCUUCAAACUGUAGCAGUACACACGGCAUUUUCUCAUUCUCACCUGCAAAUGUCAUCUCCGCAGUGAAACAAAAGAGCGCAUUUGCCCCAGUCGUCAGGCCCCAAGCUUCCCCUCCACCAUCCUGCACCAGUGCAAAUGGCAAUGGACUUCAAGAAUCUGGAGAGGAAGAUGGUUUGGGAGGGUAUACUGCAUGUGUGGGAGGUGGCAUCUCUAUCGUUUUUCCAUUUGGCGUUUGCUUUGAGAAUGGCACAAAACACCAGAGACUUCAUGAUUCAAAAUUUAUGUCCGGUCUUGUAGUUCCACCAAUGUAAAAAGUCACUUUUGUCUACUUGCUUGUAGCAUCAAGCUUCAGAAGAAAGCUUCAGGGGACACAUUUAGUGUAUUAAGGAGUACUGACGGAAAACCAGUCUCUUCAGAACAAAACCACCAAGAAGCAAAAUGCUACAAACUCUUUCUUUUCAAAGAUUUUAUUUGGACUAGUAGAAUUCGACAUGCAAAUGAGCGACUUCUCCAUGAACGAUUCCAUUUUGUCGACCUGAACUUUUUCUCAUAUUUUUCACGUUUCUCACUCCUGAAGAAGAUGGGGAAAAUCGACGCCUAUUUUGUACAAAGUUUCUGAUUACGUCUUGGCUAUGUCUAGUACUUGCUAUGUGUUGGGACAAAGCGUUGUGGAUGCACCGUUCUGAUUUAUCAUGAAACACUGAUGAAAAAUGCCUCAGAACAUUUUUCCUUACUCAUUACUAGACUCACAAUGGUUGUGUAUCUCUAUAAUGUGAAAUAUUUUUUUGUGGUGAAAAAGGGGGCCAAGGAGGUUUGAGCCAUCAAACUGGAAA